GUAUCUAAGAAAGUUGCAGACUUGAUUCUUGAAAAACAGCCUGCAUAUGUUCAGGAACUUGAACGUGUUACAUCAUUGCAGACUGGCCUUCAGUUAGCAGCUGUUAUUUGCACAAAUGGAAGAAGACACCUGAAUGUAGCAAAGGAAGGCUUCACACAAACUAGUUUGGGGCUUCUUGCAAAUCAAAGGAAACGACAGCUGCUUAUUGGACUGCUAAAGUCUCUGAGAACAAUAAAAACACUGCAAAGAACUGAUGUGCGUUUGAGUGAGAUGUUGGAGGAAGAGGACUAUCCAGGAGCUAUUCAGCUGUGCUUGGAAUGCCAGAAGGCUGCCAGCACUUUCAAACAUUACAGUUGUAUAAGUGAGUUGAAUUCAAAACUGCAGGACACCUUGGAACAAAUAGAGGAACAAUUGGACGUAGCACUCUCCAAAAUAUGCAAGAACUUUGAUAUCAGUCAUUACACAAAGGUUCAGCAAAAAAAAAAAACACAGACAGCAAUGGACCAGUUACAUAUGCACUUCACUCAAGCCAUUCACAACACUGUGUUUCAAGUAGUCCUUGGAUAUGUGGAGCUGUGUGCGGGAAAUACAGACACCAAGUUUCAGAAGUUACAGUACAAAGACCUCUGUACACAUAUUACAUCAGACAGCUACAUUCCAUGCCUUGCUGAUCUCUGCAAAGCUCUCUGGGAAGUCAUGCUCAGUUACUACCGAACAAUGCAGUGGCAUGAGAACCAUGAACAAGAUGAGGCAGCAGCUGUGUCUUCUGUUUCAGAUGGCAACAAUGUGAUUGGAACAGAAGAGAACAGUUUUGACCGCAGUUAUGUAAAAAAGAAAUUGGAACAUGGGCUUUCACGCAUAUGGCAGGAUGUGCAACUGAAAGUGAAAACAUAUCUUCUGGGAACAGAUCUGUCUAACUUCAAAUAUGAUGACUUCAUAUUUGUACUUGAUGUUAUCAGCAGGCUGGUGCAAGUUGGAGAAGAAUUUUGUGGUAGUAAGUCUGAAGUUCUGCAAGAAUCUAUCAGAAGACAAAGUGUUAACUAUUUUAAAACAUACCACAGAACCCGUCUUGAAGAACUAAGGAUGUUUUUGGAGAAUGAGACCUGGGAACUUUGUCCUGUUAAAUCAAGCUUUAGUAUUCUGCAGCUUCAUGAAUUUAAGUUCAUGGAGCAGUCACGUUCCCCAUCUGUGUCACCUAGUAAGCAGCCUGCUUCAGCAAUUUCAACAACAGUAACAUUAUUUGAGCAGUACUGUAAUGGAGGAAACCCAUUUGAAAUUCAGGCUGACAGCAAAGAUGAUGAGACAGAAGACGUGUUAGCUUCCAAUGGG